GUUUCGCAUCUACUGAUUAACCUCUUUUGAUACUACUGGCGUUUGAAUCACCUUCCAUCAAAAAAAAAUUUGCGAUGGCACCACUAACAUCUGACGUAAAGAAGAAUCUUGUUUCAUCGCUCAGUGUAGCUCCUCUAGGUGACGGGCAUCAUGGACGGGACUUCUACAAGUAUUUCUUCACUUCGCACCCUGAGGUCCGGAAGUUCUACAAGGGUGCCGAAAACUUCACUGGUGAAGAUGUGCUAAAAAGCGAAAGGUUCGACAAACUAGGAGACAACAUACUUCUCUUCGUUCAUGUUUUGGCUAAUACUUGCGACAAUGAGCCUCUCUUCCUCGCUUUCACGCACAGAGUCAUGUAUGAGCAUUUUAACAGAAACAUUGACCCGGCCUUGUGGGGAGUAUUCUUCAAUACAUUCUGGACGGGAUUCCUGGAAGACAAAGGUGCCAAACUGAGUGCAGAUCAAAAAGCUUCUUGGGAUUCUAUGGGCACUUUGUUCAACAAGGAAAGUCAAGCAUAUUUAACCAAACUGGGACUGCCACACGCUUGAAUUUCACUGCUGUCAAUUUAUGGUGUUUUCCAAUAAAUCUUAGAAGCGUGUGC